GUGGGAAGAACGUAUAUAGUACGAUUUAUUUGGCCAUGCACUUGACGUAAAUCAGUUGUUGCUGUUGCAUCCAAUCGGGAGCUUAAAAGUCUCUUCAGUAACGUCACAAUGGGAACAUUCAAGCUCCCGGGUGGAUAAAACCAUGAACAGAUGUCAAGUGCGCGGUUAAGUAAAUCCUAGUAUAAAUUGAGGUACCAAAAUCGCGGUAAGUUGGCAGUUCUGCCAACGCCCUGGGAUUCCCCUCUGAGAGACGGGAUGUCCAUCGUUACUAUCGGCGAGUGCGCGUAUGUGUGUGAGCGCUGUGGGCGGAUGAAGGUAUCUGGACGUUUCCGCCGCUGUAGCCAUUUCAUUGCAUUUCAUUUCGUAAUCGGCCCGGAACUGUUGCAGACGUGGCUGAAGAGUUCUGACCAACUGACUGACCUCAUCAAACUUUCAGUUCCUGGGGAGGGACCACGUACAUUCCUCUGGGCCAAUAUUAUUUGUAUAUAGUACUUCAAUACAGUAUGUUGCCCCUAGAAGAUUGGCCUUCCAUGUUCUCAUUUUCUGACUUGCAAAACUUACUGAUGAAAAAGAUUUCACACUUUCUUCACAUCUUCUUCUUGAAUAACGAGUCUUUGAGAGACCACUAAUGCACUUCUUCUAAAGACACUGAAUACAAGUGCAUAUCAGGAACUACUGAAUAAUUACUAUUCUCUAAAAAGCGGACAUAGUAAAAUGGCUCAUCCAUCUCAAAUUUUGCCCUCAAAAUGUUGCUGCUGCAGUUUGCGAGCUGGCUCAAUUGUAGUAGGAUCCUUCACUUUGAUUGUUGCAUUAACAUUUCUGGGACUCACUGCAACAGCCAGUAGUGCACUUAAUACUUCACGAUGUGAGCAACCAUCAGAGGCUCUGAAAAUGGUUGCCAAUAUGAUGGCUUUGCUUGCCGUGCUGAAUGCAGUGGAAGCAAUCAUGAGUGUUUGUCUCAUUUGGGGUGCCAGUAAAAUUGUUGCAUUAAUAUUUCUGGGACUCACUGCAGAGGCCUGUAGUAUGCUUAGUAAUCGUUGUUCACAUGGUUGUGAUACUUCACUGAAAAUGGUUGGCAAUAUGAUGGCUUUGCUUGCUGUUCUGAAUGCAGUGGAAGCAAUGAUGAGUGUUUGUCUCAUUUGGGGUGCCAGUAAAUUAAUCCUUAAGGUGGUGAGAGGAUGGCUGAUAGUAUCUGCAUCAUGGAUUUUGUUGCAUAGUAAUGUAGCUAUUGCUUAUGCAUUUGCCACCACUGAUGAUCUGUUACAAAUAUGUACUAUAGUGGUAGGGUUAUUUAUAUUUGGUAUGUCUCUUCUGUGUAUGCUUACUGUUACGAGUUUUCAUCAAGAAAUAAUUAAUUCAAUGUCUUAUUCUAAUGUAUCAGCGCAAGGACCCUCAAGAUCUGCUGAAUAACCGCAUCUGCCUUAUUCUGAAACUGAUUUAAGGGCAGAAAUAUAAUAUUGCCAAUUGAAAUUUUGAUGAAUGAAUUGUAAAAUCAAAAAUAUAAUAAAAUAAUGCAAAGAUUUAACAUGAGCAUACUCAUAAAUCUGUUUUGCCUUCUUCAAUAUGUUGUUGUUUUACUUCAUUAUUUAAGCAAGUUUUAAAAUAAACACUAAGAAUAUGGGGGAUCAGUGGAUAAUUUUAGCACAUACUGACAAUCUUUAUCAUAAACAACAAAAUGUAAUAUUUUAUUACAUACAUUGAGUUGUCUCGGGUAGAUUUCCUUCCAUGAAGGAUAGACCCAUCGUGAAAAAUAUUGUUUUUACUUGACUAUAAAAUGAGUUGUUGCGUAAAUAUUUAUUUGAAAAAUGCUGGGUUGUCUUAUAUAAAUAGAUUAAGCG